AUGCCUGCCUGCCUACAGGUGGGAAUGAUCGCCAUCAACGAUGGUGUGCUGCUCAACUCACACAUCUUCCUCAUCCUGCGCCGCCACUUCUCCUUCCAUCCCGCCUACACCCGCCUGCUUGACCUGUUUAAUGAGAUGCUCGUCCUCAUCACCACGCCUUCCAUUUAUUUAUUCUGCUCCUCCCCCCUCCCGCCUCCCUCCCUCCCCCUUGCCUCCUCUGCACGGGACCUAUACAUGGGCAAUGAGCCGAGCCGAGUGACAUACCAGACAGCGUGUGGGCAGAUGCUUGACCUCAUCACCACUCCUUCCAUCUGUCUAUUCCCCUCUUACCCCUUCCUCUCCCCUCUUCCCCCUCCAAUCUUCCUCCUCUGCAGCUACCUAAAGAUUGUGCAGUACAAGACGGCAUACUACUCCUUCUACCUCCCUAUCGUGCAGUACGAGACAGCCUACUACUCCUUCUACCUCCCUGUAAGCGUCUUCCUUUCUCCCUCCCUCCUGUCCGUCCUCACCGCAUCCCUCAGUGCAAAGGCUACACGGCCAGUUGCCACACCACAGCCGUGUGACCCCGCCCUUGCCCCUUCUCCUCCCCCCACCGCCCCUCUCCAGGUGGCAACGGCGUUGAUCCUGGCAGGAGUGGAGGACGCAGCACUGGCAGCACAGGCGAGGGAGAUCCUGGUGGUGAUGGGGACGUACUGUCAGAUGCAGGACGACGUGCUCGACUGCUUUGGUGACCCCGCUGUCAUCGGCAAGCCAUUCCUGUGUUACGCCUCCCCUCUCACCAGCCUUCUAUUCCCUCCUCCCCUCGGCUCCCUCUCUGACUGGCAUGGCAGGAUCACGAACACCAAGGCGAUGCUGGCGCUGCUGUACACGUUUGAGAGUCUGGGGUACCGCCUGUUCCACGUGGAGACGAACCCGCUGUGCCUCAUCUGCAUCGAGGUGGCCUACAUCCACGACUCCCUCCUCCAGCCCGCCAACCCCCAGGCCUGCCCCAAAGCCCCCCUCAACGACCCUGCCACCCCGCUUCAUGAAUAG